AAUCAGCGCUGGAACAGAUGAGGGAAUGUCAAACUUGUUGCCGAUGCCUGCGGCUCAACACAUCUAACACAAAAAUAAACGAGAAAACCGUCCGGGAUUCCGAACCAUUUGAUGGAACAGUGCGUAUUGUGCGGACAAUAUUAAAGAAAGUGACUAUUCGUUUCUGUAUUUGAUACAAUUCAUGCUGUGACAACAAAAGGGAUCCUGGGCUCUCCAGUUUAGACCAGCGCGCGCGCACCCACAGCGGCGUAUUGAGUCUCCUCACAGGACUGAACACUUGCGCGAAGUUCUCCUCGUAAGGCCGCCGAUUUAAUGCACUUAUUCGUGUAUUUUCAGUUUUUGAAUUAAUCUAAGUGUGCGUGAAUGCUUUAGUAUUUAAUAAAAUAAUCAGUCGGGAUCCGCGCGCAUUGCAAUGGAGAUAUGAACAUGGGACAUGUGCUCCCCGAGCUGGUUUGCGCUCUUCUGGAUUUGUGUUGAAGGACUUGGGGACUUUACGCAUCGAGUAAUGAUGUAAACGAGGAUUUUGUUUUAAAGAUGUGCGUUUUUCAGGAUCGUCGCUAUAAGGAUAUACAAAGAGGAGUUCGCGUUUUUACGCUUGCGCUGGAAUUAAGUGAGAAACAAAUAAAAGGAAUUUAAUCCCAGUGGACUGAAAAUGAACUCUAAUUAUAACAGUGCUGGAUUCCAUAUGAAAGGGCCGUCGGUAGCUGUGGAGCCAAUGAUGGGUCCCCUAAACGAAUCCCCUAUGCAGGGACUCAACUUUGUCUCAAAUAGAGACCAGUAUGGGUUCCAGACUCAUGGCCACGGGGAUAUGCUCGGUAUGGGAGUUCAGCCACAACAUCAGCUUCACAUGCAAGGACCAUUCAACCAUCAACCUCCUAACCAUGACCAGCAUUCACAUCUGUACCAGGACAGCGUUCCCUCUUGCCUGCACGGGGACAGGCACAUGGGUUUCAGCAGCACCAACGCGGGUCACCCGCAUAUGUUUGAGGGGGGAUUCAGUCAGCAUCUCACAGAGCCCCAGUCACGAGAAUGCAUCUCACAGCAGCAACAACAGAGAAUGGCUGCGAUGCCUGAGUUUCAGCCGCACGGCCAUCCGAACGGCAAUCAUGCUGUUCCAGCACCAUGUCUUCCUCUAGACCAGUCACCAAACCGUGCUGCUUCGUUCCACGGCCUGCCGUCCUCAUCGCCUGAAACCCAUAGACUUGAACACUACAGGCUUUUCCCACAGGGCAGAAUGGGGGGAUCAGAGCACUGUUUUCCCUGUGAUCCUCUGACUGGGAAUUUUGACAUGACAGGAUUCUCCACCGCAGACUCAUCCGAGCACAAACUGCCCUAUUGUGAAACAGGGAACCAAGUAGUCGGGGGUAAUUUUUCUACUUGUAAUCGAAGUGGUUCCCGAGGGCCCAUGAUGGGCAGCUCAAAAGUUGACCAGCAGCUACCUCAGCAGAAUGUGUUUUCAGACCGAUUCGGAAAUAGGGGGAAAAUGGAUCCGGGGGUUAAUACCAGGCACCACCUCAUGGCACAGCAAAGACCAGGACCUGUUGCCAGGCAGAACCCUGGUUCCCCUGCCCUCCCUCGAUUUUAUCACACUCCAGACUAUGUAGCAAACAAUACAGAUGUUCAAGGCGGUGGCCCAAUGGUGCACGUUCAGCACGGCCACCUGGAUCGGCCCAUACAUAGACUGAACAACCAUAACAUGCACCCCUUUGGGGAGCCGGUGUUUGAUGUCCCCCAACUUGCCCCUCAGCCCCCACAUCACCUCAGCUCACUACCUUAUUUGAAUAUGGCAAAAAGGCCACGGUUUGAUCUCCCGAAUGGCUCUGCUGGAGAAAGCUGCAGCCCCCUAAGCCACAGCUUACAUAAUCGGCCCAGUCUUGAGAACCACCUCUCCCCCUCGGCAUUCCCCUCUCCCAUGGGGGACUUUACAUCUCAUGUGACGGAUGGGUUUCCAUCCGGCCCCCUACCCUUGAGCUCUGGCCCACAGCAGCAGCAUCAACAGCAGCAGCAGCAGCAGCGGCGACAGAAUGCAGCAAUGAUGAUCAAACAAAUGGCAUCCAGGAGCCAACAACAGAGAAUGAGGCAACCUGAUCUGCAGCAGUUAAAUCUCCACGGAGAUGUCACUUCAAAUGGCAUGGUCUGUCGAGGGCCUCUGGGCAGUGUGUCUCAGUCCAAUUUUGAGAAGAAGCAUAAUUUUCAUGGAAACUUUGACAGCCCCCACCUACCUCAAGAAAACUCAUGGUUUCCUGAGCCACAGCAGCACUGUAGAGAAACAAACACACAUGCCUUGGAGCAGGCAGAAAAUGGACACAACAUUAUUUUUAGACAAAGCGUCACAAGCAUGGACAUGCAGUCUUUGAAUUCUCCUGGAGCACAUCAUCCGUUCGAAAAUAAUGUCAGCAAUCCUCUGCAGAUGCAGUCUCCCGAUGAGAGCAACAUGCAGUCGGGCGCACCCACGGACAGGAGGCCGGCUGAAUUUGGAGGAAUGGUGAUGAGGAGGCAGCACAGCUUCCCUCCUGGAGGGCCGAGUCAACAGGGAGCCCCCCAGAGCAAUCCUCCAGGAUUUAGCUCCUCUCCAGGGAACUAUCCCGCCCAUCCUGAGUACCUCUCCAGCCAGCACCUGUCAGUCAAUAAGCUUGGGGCCCUCUCUUUGGGGAAUUUGAACAAAGCCAGUACAAAAGACAGUGUGUUUGGCCAAAGCUGUCUGGCAGCUCUUUCCACUGCCUGCCAAAAUAUGAUCGCCAGCCUUGGGGCCCCGAACCUCAAUGUGACUUUUAAUAAGAAAAGUCAAAACGAGGCCAAACGCAAAGCAGGUCAGGUUGAGCAGGACAUAAAUAGCAGUGGCAGUAGCGGCCCAGGGGCAGAGUAUUUCCAGAGCAAUGCUUCUCAGAAUAGUCAAACGCCUUGCUCUGGGAAUAACAACAAUACGAUGGUGGGUCAAAGUGGUACGGGCCAGAUGGUGAAAAGGGAAGCGAGCACCCUUUCCCCAAAUGACAGCAUGGAGUCUGGAUGUGAGGGGAAAAUGGCAACAGGCAACGGUAAAGGGAGGGGGAAGAAGAGGCGAGACAGCGGGCACAUAAGUCCCGGAAACUUCUCUCCUCCUAGUGGAGGUAACCCCGUCGUCAGCCCAGGUCAGCAGGGCUCCAGUUUGAGCAUGGGCAUGGAGAGCCGAGGUAAGACCCCAGAGAGGACUCUAGUCUCCCCUUCUUUCGGAAAGCCAGACCUCGCCACCUCUAUGGACAGCGGAAUUCAAAGCGUGGGCAAGUCGGAUGGCGUUUCGCCAUGCAUGGAUUACUUGGACGAAGCCAGCCCUAACUACAGCGCCGAGGACCCGAGGCCCUGCAGAGCUGGUGUAAAGUGUAAUUCAGAAAACAGGGCCAGCUAUACUGAUGCUUCAUGCAUGGAACAGGUGCGAACGCCAUUGAGCAACACAGGGCAGGAUGAGGUUCAUCCUCUGGAGAUUUUGCAAGCUCAGAUCCAGCUGCAAAGACAGCAGUUCAGCAUCUCUGAGGACCAACCCAUGGGAGGGAAAACAAGCAAAAAGUCUGACUGCCAGGCCAGUCUAAACGGAGAAUGCACCCUGGCCAACUCUAGCCCGGUUACAGGCAAGAGCUCUGUGAAUACCAUUGACCUUGACUCUCUUAUGACAGAGCAGCAUGCCACCUGGUAUGUCCCUGGCAAUAAGGCUCUGAUAGAGGACCCCAGUAAUGACAAGUGCCUGGGAUACUGGGAGCGAGCACGGGGCCAGAGUGACAACAAAGAAGGACAUGGGUAGGAGCACUUCUCUGAAGACUCUUCGUAGCGUGUAACUAAAAAAAGGUGCUGCACGAUCUCGCUGUGAGGGUGGGGGUGGGACCUGAAGGAAGCCACCCGCGGUGUCCGGAAACCUCGGGACUUGGGGGUGGGGGUGGGACGGAGGGGCCCCUGCUGUUCCUCUCACUUCCAGAUGCGACUUAAACUCAUCCAGAACAACUCUAACCACUUUGGGACCUCGCUGGCUGCUUUCCGUAACUGUAAGGAUGAUGGCUGGCUUGGUGUUUUCCAGCAGUAAUUGGAUACUUUAUUUUUUUUUUUCUUUACUAGCCACAAAGCUCUCCGGGUGUCCGUAGAGCAAGUCUUCGGGCCAACAAAAUCUCUUUAGAUUGACUGGAGAGAGGAAAGACAAUGGGAUACAGGAAAUACACAAAGCACAGCAGACUGGAAUCUUGGACAGCGAGACUUUUCAGUGCUUUUAGUGUAUUUUUAUCUCCUAAAGUCGUUUUCUUUUUGGGCUGGAAUUACCUCAUUUCUUUUAAAGACUUGCAAGUGAGGGUUUAACUAGUUAGUACAAGAGCGUGUCGCUCUCUCUAUAAAUAUUUAUUAGCCCUGUUUGUUCAGCAAAGCUCCUUUAUUUGUGUCAAAAGGAGAACUUCGGCGUUGCGUUUAAUCCAUGUUACGUUAUCACAAUUUUUUUGCUUCUUCGGUUUAGAAUUCUGAGCGGUAAAUUCCUUCACACGAGAGCCAAGCAGCGUGUUAUAAAGCUUCCCAUUCUUAGAGGUCUUCAGCACCAGGCGCUGUGUCUGUGGUGGGUCAACCUUUUGACUUUGAAAGGCCGGUGGGGGUUCUGUCCUGUCCCUACUGUUUUUGGAAAUUUGAUAUUCACCCUGAGAACAUCCCUUUGUGACCUGCCUGGCCGGCAUCGGAAUGCCAUUGUUUCAAGUCGAAACUCUCCUUUGCUUGGGUUUUCUCUCUUUACCAAGCCUCCAUUGAGACCCCGAGCUUCCCUCUGCCUUUAAACCAACUGAUGGUGAAUAUGUUUAGUCGGAAUUGGCAGGCUAUUCAAGCGAGGACAAUGGUUGGAGACAAAAGACUUUCCUUUUAAGAAAAUAGUUUUUUUUUUCUUUCUGGAGAGAAAAGGUCUUUAACCAAUUUUUUGGUCUGUCUUCGACACCUCUCGGUUUCCUUGUUCUACCUCUUUUCUCUCAUUAUUGUGAUAUACACAAAGCUUAAAGUGAAGUUAUUUGUGCCCGCAGAGUUUCUUUUGUAAAUAACCUGUAUAAUAUGAAUCACUUAUUAACAAUAAAUAUGUUGUAAAUUA